ACUCCCCUCUCGUUUGAGCUGUAGCGUGGUCAGCAGAAAACGGAAACAGCACGCCUCCAGACAUGACCCAAGAAAAUGCGGGUAGUUCCAAUAAGGAAGAGGCCGUCAACAAGCUCCUUGAAACGACGGGUUACGAGAUCACCACUGAAAAUGGACAAAGGAAAUACGGACCUCCAAAAGAUUCUGUAGGUCCUCCGCCUCCCAAAGGCAGUGAAGUAUUUGUUGGGAAAAUUCCCCGAGAUGCUCUGGAGGAUGAACUGGUCCCUCUUUUCGAGAAAGCAGGGAAGAUAUAUGAAAUGAGGUUGAUGAUGGAAUCCAAUACCGCUAAUAGGGGUUUCGCUUUCGUCAUGUACACUAGCCCCGAAGAGGCCAAGAAGGCUAUCGAGCUGUUGGAUAACUAUGAGAUUCGCAAAGGUCGAACCGUCGGAGUAUGUAAGUCGGUGGACAACUGCCGUUUGUUCGUCGGUGGAAUUCCAAAAUCUAAAACGAAAGAAGAGAUCCUCGAAGAAAUGAGAAAAGUGACAGAUUCUGUGUGCAAGGUCAUUUUGUACAGUAGUAUCCCAGACAAGACAAAAAACAGAGGUUUCGCUUUCGUGGAAUAUGAGAGUCAUAAGGCAGCUGCAAUGGCAAGGCGAAAGUUACUACCUGGGAAAAUUCAGCUCUGGGGGCAUGACGUUGCGGUAGACUGGGCGGAACCUGAACCGGAAGUUGACGAAGAAACCAUGUCAAAAGUAAGCCGUUUUUGUAGAGUAAUUUAUUUUUCAUUAUUUAAUACGGUACAAGAAAUUGCAGUUAUACCAUAA